AUGGCUGCUAAAGACCUGCCUGACAAUGACAAAGAAUUCAGUAAGUUCUCCCCGGAUGAAAUAGAAGACAUGGAAAAUACUUUUGAUGCAGGAAACCUGCCAGCUGUAGCAAAGAAAUUGCAGGAGGAGCUGGAGACAACAGAGAAAAUCUCACUCCAAAUUGCUAUUACUUGAGAGUCGGGCUCUGGAAAAUCAUCCUUUGUCAAUGCCAUGCGGGGGCUAGGGGAUGAAGACAAAGAUGCUGCUCCCACUGGGGAAGUGGAAACAACACAGGACUCAAAUCCUUAUAGAUACCCUGGACUCCCAAAUGUAACAAUAUGGGACCUGCCAGGCAUUGGGACGGAGAAAUUUAAACCCGAGGAAUACCUCAAGCAGGUGAAUUUCCAGAGAUAUGACUUCUUCAUCAUCCUUACUGCUAACCGCUUCUUUCACCACCACAGCCAACUUGCCAAAGAAAUUCAGAAGAUGGGGAAAAAGUUUUACUAUGUGCGUUCCAAAGUCGAUGCUGACUUGUAUGCAGCUGAGACCCGCCGGCCGAAAACCUACAGCGAGAAGGAGAUCCUGAACAAGAUCCGGGAGGACUGCUUUACGAACCUAGAAAAAGUGAACGAAGGUAAGAGUGAGGCUCCCCCCAAGGUUUUCCUGCUCUCCAGCUGGAAACUGUCCAAGUAUGAUUUCCAGCUGCUUAUGCAGACACUUGAAGAAGAGCUGGAUGCUCACAAGAGACAAGUCUUCAUUCUUGCCCUGCCCAAUAUCUCAGAACAGAUCCUGGAAAAGAAGAGGGCUGAACUGGAGAAUCAAAUAUGGAAAGUGGCCCUGGUGUCUGGGGCUAUUUCCAGUUUUACUGGCAUAGCUGUCUCUCUUGUUGUUGACAUAACCAGGCUAGUGAUAACCAUGAAAAAUUACUGCAAGGCUUUUGGAUUGGAUCAGAAAGCCCUCUGCAGGCUUGCUCAGCAGGUUGGAAAGCCUGUUGAAGACCUGAAGUCAGAGAUAAAAGUAGUUCCAAUGGUCAAAUCGAUAAACAAAGAAUACGUAAUUAGCCUACUGGGAAAGUGUGCAUGUGCUCCGGUGAUGGUGUCGGAACUGGUUUUGAAUCGCAUUCCAAUUAUUGGUUCUCUGCUUUCUGGAGGGGUUUCAUUUGUAACCACACGCAACAUGCUGAAGCGCUUUCUGAAUGAGGCUGCACAGGAUGCCCAGAGAGUUCUCAACAAAGCUCUUUCUCCUGAACAAAAGUCUGAAGAACAGAAAUGA